AUGGCACAUCCAUCGGGAGACACACCUUUACUUGAUCCAAGCGACUUUGCCAGACAUGGAGCAGGCAAGAGCGAACAGGAAAUUUCGCAACCAGUCUCACCUGCAUUCCCAAAUACAAUCUAUGUAAACUCACCAACAGAUUUAUCACGAAAUCCAGGCACAUAUGACGACGUAUUUAAGAAGAUCAAAGAUCUCAUGCCACCAGCAUUCGAAGGUGCAAAAUUAUCAGUAACAAAAAUGCUCAGUAGUCAUUUUCAAGUGUCUCAUUCUCUAACGUUGAGUGCUGGAUCGAAUUGUGGAUACAAAUUUGCAGCAAAUUAUGUCGGUAGACAACUCUAUUCACCAUCAGAAGUUUUUCCUGUUAUAUUAGGUGACAUGGAUCCAAAUGGAAAUGCUAAUGCUCAAAUAAUACAUCAAUGGAAUGACAAGAUACGCACACGUACGGUAGCUCAAGUUCAAUCGUUUAAAAUGGCUGGCUAUCAAUUCGCACUCGAUUAUCGAACACGUUUUACAUCGUCGACUAUAACAUUAGCAAAUGUUGAUUUGAUAACGAAUUCAGGAAUUCUUGUUUUACAACAUUUGGCACGUGUUACAAGAAAUCUAGAUAUUGGUGCUGAAAUACUCUACCAAGCAAGCCCAAUGAUGCCUGGUAAACAUAUCGGUAUUACUAGUUUCGUUGCUAGAUAUCAAGGAAAAGAUUGGUUUACCGGUGUUAAAUUAAGUCCAGCUGGUAUUUGUAAUAUUGGUUAUUUUCAUCAGCAAAAGAACAGUCCUCUACAGUUAGGUGUCGAACUCGAGAGUUCGCUUGGCACCAAAGAAACGUCCGCAACAUUGUCAUAUCAGUAUGAUCUAGCAAAAGCCAAUACAACCUUCAGAGGUAUGAUUGAUACGAAUGGACUUGUCACGGGCGUAAUCGAAAAACGUCUUGCACCAUUGCCAUUCACAUUCAUGUUAAGUAGUUCUCUAAAUCAUGCGAAAGCAGCUUAUCGCUUUGGCAUAGGUUUACUCAUAGGUUAA